AUGAACAUGUACACGACUUCAUCGGCCUCCCUCCAGCAGUACGACGACGUGCUCGCGGCGCAUGCGACGCACUCCGCCAUGGUCCCCGGAUUCCCCCCUACGCAGACAAAUGAAUACGGGCAGAAGAGCUGGUUCCACGCCCCGAGGGAGAUGGUAAACUGGCUCCCGCAAUACUUGACCGAGCCCGACCCGGUGGAAAACGACGCCGAUAUUCUGGAAUCCAUGCUGUCGUACAUUGCCGCCGAGGAAACGUCUCCGCGGACCUCGGCCAACGGGAACCCUACGUCCUCGCAUAAUCCUUCCCCUGUCCCAUCAUCGACUAAAAGCAUCCCAACACUGGAGGCUAAGGAGGAUCACGCGGGUGCCUAUGUGCUCGAACUCGAUCCGGAGUUGGACGACGAGGAGCUAGAGCAGUACAUAAGCCGUCCUGGAGCCCAGACUAUGCUGAAAGAGCAGUUACAGGCACCUGUGGCCGUCAAGUCUGCUCGGCCGACGACUACAGUUAGCGCGCCAGAAGGCCGCACCUCCCGCCCCAGCGCAAGCUACGCCCUCAGCCCCCGCACGAGCACCACUCUUUCCAGCGGCGAGCUUUCGAAGGCCAAGAUUCCAGAAGCUCUUGGUGAUACUCAGGACUUCCGAGGCGUGUACCCAUCGACCACCGCUAUUCCUCGGAUCUCCCAAGCUGGCCCAUCUUCGGCUCGAAACGACGCUCAAUCCGUACUGAAGCGGAAGCGGGAGGCCGAUGGCGAAGAAGACAAGGAGAACCUGCCAGUGGAAGACGACUUCGAUGAGGACUCAGACGAGGACUCAGACGAGAACUCAGAUGAAGACUCCGACGACGACUACACAUCCUCCAGUCCGCUACCCUCCCCCCCUCAGAAGCGCGUCAAGAUAGACCACGAGUCUGAGUCUGAGGAGGAGGAGGAGGAGGAGGAGGAGGAGGAGGAGGAGGAGGAGGAGGAGGAGGAGGAGGAGGAGGAGGAGGAGGAGGAGGAGGAGGAGCAGGAGCAGGAGGAGCAGGAGCAGGAGCAGGAGGAGCAGGAGCAGGAGCAGGAGGAGCAGGAGCAGGAGCAGGAGCAGGAACCGUCCCAGCCCGCGGCGGAUCCCUCAAACACGACGCUGGCGAUUUGUCGCUUGGACGACAGUGGCACGGGGCCCUGUCAGCACGAGCUCACGGGGAUAUACGACCUGGACUGGGAGCACUUUACGAAGAAGCAUGGCGGCCGAGUGGGACGGCGUUUUCCAUGCGCGUACCCGAGGUGUACCGAGACCUUUGCGUAUAAGUCCAGCCUUAGCAAACACGUCGUGUCUUUCCACUGGCGCGUGCACGGCACCCAGGUGUAUUGCACCGAACCCAAUUGCGGCAAGCCGUUCGCUCGGAAAGAUACGCUAACGGUUCAUAAGAGGAAGAUCCAUGGGAUAUGA